ACAGGAGGCCAAACAACAGAGAUAAAUGGCUCAUUUAAAUUGGGAGCUGCUACUAAACUAUUUUCUGGCUGGCAGAUGCAGUGCCUAGCAGCUGCCAUCAAAGACGAACCAAACAUGAGUGGAGGAGGGGAACAGGUUGACAUUUUGCCAGCUAACUAUGUGGUAAAGGACCGUUGGAAAGUGUUGAAGAAGAUUGGUGGUGGUGGCUUUGGUGAGAUUUAUGAAGCAAUGGAUCUUUUAACUCGGGAGAAUGUAGCUCUGAAGGUUGAGUCAGCUCAGCAACCAAAGCAAGUCCUCAAGAUGGAAGUGGCUGUUCUAAAAAAGCUACAAGGGAAAGAUCAUGUUUGCAGAUUUAUUGGCUGUGGAAGGAAUGAGAAGUUUAACUAUGUUGUUAUGCAACUUCAGGGCCGGAAUCUUGCAGACCUCAGAAGAAGCCAGCCUCGAGGAACUUUUACACUGAGCACAACUCUUCGAUUAGGCAAGCAGAUCUUAGAAUCCAUAGAAGCCAUUCACUCAGUGGGAUUCUUGCAUCGAGAUAUCAAGCCUUCUAAUUUUGCCAUGGGACGCCUGCCUUCAACCUACAGGAAAUGUUAUAUGUUAGACUUUGGUCUGGCCCGGCAGUAUACCAAUACUAAUGGUGAAGUCCGACCUCCUCGUAAUGUUGCUGGCUUCCGGGGAACAGUCCGGUAUGCAUCAGUGAAUGCACAUAAAAAUAGAGAAAUGGGCCGACAUGAUGAUCUGUGGUCCCUUUUUUACAUGCUGGUAGAGUUUGCAGUUGGUCAGCUUCCAUGGCGCAAGAUUAAAGAUAAGGAACAAGUUGGUAUGAUUAAGGAGAAAUAUGAACACCGAAUGCUGUUAAAACAUAUGCCUUCUGAGUUCCACCUUUUUCUGGAUCACAUUGCAAACCUGGAUUAUUUCACCAAACCCGAUUAUCAGCUGAUCAUGACUGUGUUUGAAAAUAGCAUGAAGGAAAGAGGAAUUACUGAGAAUGAGGCCUUUGACUGGGAGAAAGCUGGUACAGAUAUUUUAUUAUCUACAAGUACAUCCACCCCACCUCAGCAGAACACAAGGCAAACUGCAGCCAUGUUUGGUGUGGUUAAUAUCACUCCAGUUCCUGGAGAUUUACUUCGCGAGAACACAGAGGAUGUUUUCCAAGGAGAACACCUGAGUGACCAAGAGAACGCACCCCCAAUUUUAUCUGUCCGGCCAACAGAAAAUAACUUAGGGCAGGCUCCAAAUGUUCCCUUCAAUGAAGGAGAAGUUUGGGAAGAGACUGAUGUAAAUCGCAACAAACUCAGGAUCAGCAUCAGCAAAACACAGUGUUUAGCAGAAGAAGAUCAGAAAAGUGGUGUGUGCCCCAUCUCCCCUGUGCGAGCCAUGCCGGACUCCCCUACAACUCAAGCACGUUCUCUGAGAUACCGUCGUGUGAAUAGUCCUGAGUCAGAACGCCUCUCCACUGCUGAUGGAAAAGUUGAUCAGCAUGAACGAAGAUCCCGAGUAGAUUUACCUUGUUCUCCUUCCCGGCUUGUAUGCUCUUCUCAGCCAGCACAGAUGCUGUCUAUUGAGACUGGUCAGGUAGACCGACAGGCAAGUGGCAGGAUGGAUGUAUCUGCUUCUGUGGAGCAUGAAGCUCUCAGUAAUGCUUUCCGAUCAGUGCCCCUGGCUGAGGAGGAGGACUUUGACAGCAAAGAGUGGGUUAUAAUUGAUAAAGAGACAGAACUGAAGGACUUUCAUCCUGGUGCUGAACCAAGCACAUCUGGGACAACAGAUGAGGAACCUGAGGAACUAAAGCCCAUAGAAGAAGGGGAUGAAAGGAGGCAACUGGGUGCAGAAGCAGCAGUCAGGCCCAAAAUACAUGACGGGCGAAUCCGAGGUAUGCAGCCUGUGGCUGAGGAGGACAGUUCCCACAGAAAUGAAUUGCAGUGCCACACAGUUUCUGAGAGUAAACAUGAGCAGCAACCAGGAAGCCCAUCACAGUCCCCUUUAUAUUCAGCACCAGCUAUCCGGCAGCGGAGACGAGAAUCUGAGCCAAUGGGUCCCGAGAGACAGGCAUUCUCAACACUCUCUCCCGAGGUAUUCCAACUGAAACCUUUUGAAAUGAAUGGUCUCCCCAGGGUGGUGCCUUUAAAUUUGCCUUGCCAAGAUUUCAAAAGGGAUGUAUCAGAAAAUAGGGAAAGAUCCAAAAUUCUCCAACGAAUAAAAAAAGUGGAUUUCUCAAAUGUUGUCUUAACUUCCCCUUGUAAACCACCUAAUGCUCAUCUUCAGCUGGCAAAUGGAAGAUACAAAGAAAAAAAGGAGGAAAAAGAAGAAGAGGAAGAGGAUGAUGAUGAAGAACUUGAUAAUUUAGGGGAAGAACUUGAUAUGCGGAGUGAUUCAAGCAGUGAUGUUAGUCAAAAAAGUACUGAGCGUAGUCAGGAAGGUGCUCCAUCCACUCUUUUAGCAGAUGACCAGAAGGAAUCCAAGGGUCGAGCAUCAGCUGCAGAAGGAGACCUGGAACUUGAGGAAGGCUCGAAAACAUUAGUUCUCUUUUCACCAGGUGACCUGAAAAAGUCUCCUGUGAAUACAGACUUGGCUCCUGAUAUUGAUCUUGGAACUCUUGCUGCACUGACUCCUCAAAGUGAGAAACCACAGCCUAUGGGAAGCCAGCUCGAUGUAUCUGAGCCAGGGACUUUGUCUUCCAUCCUUAAGUCCGAACCAAAGCCUCCUAUGUCCGUGGCCGCAACCUCCUCCCCUUUUACUAAAGUUGAACGCACGUUUGUCCAUAUUGCCGAAAAGACACAUCUAAACAUCAUGUCUUCCAGUGGCCAGCUUAUGAGGCAUGAGGAAUACUCUAAUGCAGGGCAAUUUGAAGAGAUAAUCAUUGAGGAAGAAUUAGAGGAAAAUCAGGUACUGAUAGAAAAUGGGAGUGUGAAUUCAGCGUUGGAAGGGGGAGAAAUGGAAAGUUGUGCUUUCUCAGUGAAUCAUAUUGAAACCACCUCUGAAGCUGCAGGGGAACUGGUAUUCCUGAAUGGUGUUAAAAUGGGAGAAGGGGAGGAGCUAGAACUUAAGGGCAAAUUUAUUCCCGAGUCAGAUGUGGAAGAAGAUAGUAAGUUGAUUUCAGAAGAACCUGGCCUUGAUAAUAAAACCCUUGCAAAUGAAUCCCUUAGACAACCAGAGUUGCUUCCACAUAUUCUAGCAGAAACUUCCAAAAAGCCACUGAAUGUAAGGUAUAGAAGCCGGAUUCCUGUCUUGCUGUCUGAAGAAGACACUGGAUCAGAUGUUUCAGCUUCACACUCCGGCAAAGAAAGGCUAUACAAGAGACUGAAACAGCAGGAUUUGGCUCGGCUGGUGAUGGAGAAAAGGCAAAGCCACCUGUUCAGGUUAGCUUCCGGAGCUUCAUCUUCUGCUUCCUCUAGCGAUGAGAGGCAGCGGGCUUCAGAAACCUUGUCAGCCACUGGUUCUGAGGAAGAUACUCAUGAUUCCGAUGAUUUCACCCCAAGGAAGAUUGGAAAUCAGGAGAGAAUUUCCCUGGUAAAGAUGGAGGAGAGAAGUUUUAAUAUAAGGAGCAGAAUCCCUCGCCCCAUUGUUCCUGUAAAACCACCUGCGAUAGAACUAAAAUAUGGGAGCCCUUCAGCCCUUCCACCAGCAGCACCAAGUAGAAGUACCGGUGAUGCAGCUGGGUCCGUAAGGAUUCAGGGGCAAAGGCCAUUUGGGAAUAUAGCCGGUGAUCCUCGGAUGAAAGCAACCCCAACUCCUGCUACCCAUUCCUUGAAGAGCAGCCCAAGGAAAGCCCCCCAUCUUCCAGCUAGAAGCCCCGUUCUCCCUCCACGAAACCUCAGUGCUUCUCCCAAAAGCCAAUCCCUAUCCAGAAAGGAAAGCCCGUCACCAUCUCGACCACAUAGGCCUGGGACUACAUUUCCUCCAUGGGCUCAGUCUUCUCCCAAAGCAUCAUCCAGGGCUCAGGCUAUAGGCCUAUUGGGAGAUAUUCCUGUGUCACCAGGUAUGCUCAGAAAAGGACCAAAAGGGAAAACCCAUACUCCAGGAACCAAAGGAAAACAGGUAUUCCAAGAAGGCAAGUCUUCUGCUAGAUAAUGAUCUGCUGCUGCCAGUCCAUUAGGCCUACCGACCUACCAUCUUGCCAGGCUGGAAAAACCUUUGCAUAUAAUAUACACUUGAGAUGCCGCAGCACAGCCUUAUGUGUCGGAAAUAUAUGCAUAUAGCAGCUAGUUGUACUUCAGUGCUUCACUUGCCCACACAUGCCCAUGCUGUCUCAAUCCCAGCUCUCUAUCUGGCUGAGAGCCUCCUGGCCAGCUCAUGCUUGCUUUUGCCAGUCACCAAGCAACAGCUCAGGCAGCCUGUCUAGUGCCUGAUAUUCUUUCCUUCAUCCUCAUUUCUUUAGUUUCUCGGUUGGCAAUACCACAGAACCCUGAGAGAUUGCUAGGAGAGAUGGCUUUGUGUGGCACACACCAGCCCCAGUCAAUGGAGAAAUUAAAGGGCUGCACAGAACCUGAAAGAGAAAUCUUGGUGUGAGCUUCUCGGUGGUCUAGAUGUAUUGAUGUCCCUGUUUGGCACCCGCUCUCUCUCUCUCUGAGCCUGCUUUUGUGUAGCUCUGGUGAUGCUGGUGUAUUGAUAGAAAGAAAGUCACAAUCAGACCCCUCAAUUGCUAUCCUGCCAAUAGUUGUAUGAAGAGUCAAUAGCAGCCAAGGGGAGAUGAGCUGCAUCCUUUGCAGCUUCUUUUGGAUGCAUAGCAUCUUUUAGCAGCCGUCCUGAGAAGGCUGCUAAAGAGAAGUGUUAAGUUUAUUGAGCGACCCUGUUGCAGGGUGCUCUGAAGUAGAGAGGCAUCAGUUAUUUCCCCCCCUUGGCAGUGUGCCCAUAAACUAAGAUCCACCAGAAGUAGUGUUUUGUGUAAAGGCAGCAGUGAAAGCUUCUCAGGGAGCUCUACAUGGUCUCUUUAUUGGUAAAAACAGUGCAAAAGUGCAAGGAAAAGAGUUAAAGCCUAAAUAAUGACGUAGGCAACCAAUAGGGCUCCACUGUAUUUUUCAGAAUCCAAAUAUAAGGCAUUUUAAAACAUGGACUGCCUUUCCUUCUGGGAUAUGUUGGACAUGCAGUUUUAUUUUUUUAAAAAAAAAAAACACAGGCUUUCCAUUUCUAAAUGCCUUGCAAUGAUAGUACCUGCUUAUUUUAGAAAUCCAGCUGCCAGAUGAUCAUUGGUGUUUGCCACCUCUCAAAUUAUUUGGUUUUCAACCUGGCGCUUGAUAAAUCUUGAUAAAGCUUUUGAAGCUGGCUAAUUUGGAAGGGGGAUUUAUGGUACCCCUCCCUUCUGUGCUCUGGCCUGAAAAGUUAUAUGAACUUGCCAUUAUGAUCAGGAAAUACAUUAUAACUAAGUACUUAUAUCUAAGAAUCUAGCUUUAGAUAUGGAGACUUGCAAAAAAAAAA